AUGAUUUUCUUAUUGAUAUCAACUACGUUUACUCAAGAACAGGUGACUUUUUGGUUUGAUAUGGACUUGAAAGGAAAUGACUUUCAGGAUGGAAUGACAGCUUUCGAAUCAAUUCGACGGGUGAGAGAAUGCCUUGAUAAAAUUGAUAAGCCAGAAUUCAGAAGAACCUGUGAUGGAAAGUUCGGGAAGGACAAGGAUAAAUGUGUGGAGAAAUUCACAAAGAAAAUGAUGCCAACAAUCAACGAAUGCAUCGGACGAAGUCACCCAAAGACGAUUCCAGUCCCCCUCAGAGAGGAGUUAUAA